AUUUUUUUACGCCCUUGCUUGAGCUGAAAAUAUUCCAAUAUGUACAAAUGUUAAUAUUUCAAUAUACCCCAAUACUAGAACAAUGGCAUCCCAAGUUUUUCUUACUUGAAAAAUGUGUCUAGUAUCUAAAUCCAAAGAAUCAAACAUUCCAGAUGUGUUCAAACAGAUUGUUUCUACCACACGUUUUCCCCAUCCAAAAUCAGCAAGGAUUUGAACUUGACUUGAACUGUUCUGACUAUGCACGUCAGUAAGGGUGAAACGUCCUGGGCAAGCUGAAAUCUUUGUCCACCAUGCUUUUUGAGAUUGUUGCCAUUCAUCAAAAUACUGUGUGCUAUUUUCAGGAUUAAGAAACAUAUAUGUUUUCAAUAUAGUUUGAUUAUCAUCACAUUCAAGUUCUUUGUGGUCACUAUCACAUACAUCUACACCCGAUGUCUGGACAGCAAUGCCAAAUGGUAAAUGGUCAGAAGUACAUAGUUUUGCAUGAGUGAAUGGUUCAAUUAGUUCACUAAUAUUUCCCGAUAAAGAUCCAGUAAAAUUGUAUGGAAAUACAUUCUCUGUUCUGAUAAGAUCAGUUAAUACCCGUUCUUGGUAAAUAUUGUUGCGAAGAAGUUCUCCAGGAGGUCCAAGUUUUAAAUGCCUAAGCGAUUUGUUCACAGAGAAUCUUGCAAAAAAGUGUCUGUCACAAAUUCCUAAUAUCUUUUCUAUACGCUGCAACAUGUUGAACUACUUGUUUCGCAAAGCACUUGUUUUGGGUUCCAGUGGAAUAUUUCCAGGAGGUGAAACAAAAUAUUCUUCCUCAGUAACUGAGGCAUUAGCCAGUAUUUCUGAACGACAGUUACCUUCAGUUACUUCAUCUUCUCGAAGGUAGAGACAUCUGUUUUCCAAAACUGAGGUCAUAGGCUCAACACCUGUGGUAUCAACGGCACAUAUUUGAUCUGCAAAAGCAAUAGCUUCUUCCAAUCUCUCUAUGCCUCUUUCAUUUGCAAAAUCUACUAAUGAAAUUCUUUCUAGUUGUUCAAUGGUUCUCUGAUCAAUAUUUGUCCGAGGAGGUAAUUUAGAAGUAUAAAUAGAUGGUGUCACAGGCUUUUGAGGCACUUUAGAUGAGAAGCAUCUGUUUGAGAAAAUGGGCAAAAAGUGGGAAGGGUUCUUCAAAGGUACAAGAAAUUUCAUAAUUAAUUUGACACUGCCCAUGACCAUCAUACAUUCAAUGCAAGUCGCAAGUCACUGCAGUGUCGUCUCUGCGUAUAGAAAGACCAUUCGUGUUCUACAAUUAACUAUGGGUUGUUGUCAUUCACUUAUGAAAGCUUUAAUGUUGUACUGAAUACAACGUCGUACUGUUUUAAGGCAUCACCGAUUUUUCAUACCAUGGGUGCUACAAAAUUUCUUUCCAAUACCUGUCCUUGUUCCUUGUACGUCCUCCUCCAACACCUCACAGAAAUACUCAACACGGUGCACUCGCCGGAGCACCUGUCGUCACCGCCAGUCACCGCUGGGUCACCGAUUGUUCUUGCUGCAGCGAACGGCGGCCCCAGCCGGCUGAUCUGCGGCUGAUGCCCAACCUCCGGCCAGCUGUCGCUGCUUGAUAACCAAAACUUAUCCAGCUUAUCCAACACAACGUCAAGAAUGGCAGCUAUCAAUGCGUUUGUGGUGGCGUGUGGACUAGUUUAUUUAUUUUUUAUUGCAGGACUACAUAAUUAUAUUACUAAUUUUGAAGAAAAUGGCUGUGAAAUGACGUACAUGUUCGAAUAUCCUCAAUACGUUAAAAUCGCCUUACCACCAGAUAUUUCAAGCCAAUUUUCUAGAUAUGGUUUGUAUGCAUAUGGAGAAGGGAAACUGACAGAUGACUUAAGGAAAAUGAAAUUUACUGGAAUACCUGUAUUGUUCAUUCCUGGCAAUAGUGGAUCAUAUAAGCAAGCUCGCUCCUUAGCAUCAGUCAGUUUAAGGAAGGCAAUUAAUUCACAUUUGCCAUAUCAUUUUGAUUAUUUUACUGUGGAUUUGAAUGAUGAGUACUCUGGCCUUUUUGGUGGCAUUCUGGAAGAUCAAACUGACUUUGUUCAUCAUUGCAUACUCAGAAUAUUGGAGCUGUAUAGACCCAGUCCCUUUAGCCCUGUGUCUGUUGUUCUUAUUGGACAUUCAAUGGGUGGAAUGGUUGCCAAGGGACUUUUCCUUAAUCCACAGUUCAAUCCUCGCUUAGUUGAAGUAAUUAUUACUUUAGCUACCCCACAUAAGGCCCCUGUACUUUUACUUGAUCGACAUUUAGUUGAUUAUCAUUCAAAAGUUGAUUCGUUUUGGAGAGCACAAAAGAACAACAGCUCUGGCCAUAUUGGACAUGUAACUCUUGUUUCUAUUGGUGGGGGUCAGCGAGAUAUUCUGGUAAAAUCUGUUCUGACUCAAGCAGAAGAAGCUGACAUCAGUGUUCUGAGUACACAAAUUCCUGGAGUGUGGCUGUCAACUGAUCACCUUAGUACACUAUGGUGUAAAGAGCUCAUAUUGGUAAUUGUUCGAGCAUUAUUUGACAUUGUAGAUGUGCGAAGUAAACAAAUCUCUCACAGCCAGUGGGAGAGAAAGCAUGCUUUUGAAUAUCAUCUUUUGAAGAGAACUGCUGGGAAACGCCUUGCCCUUGCUUUUCAUGGCCGAGAGACUGUUUUUAACCCUGAUGGCAUGUGGAAUGAGUAUUUAAGAAGGCAGUUUUCAGUUGUGGAACCGUAUGGUGUACCCAGUGUUAUGUAUGUAAUGAUUCGCCUUGUGGAUGAUCCAAAACAUGAAUGGUUACUUGCAGAAGCAAUUAAUGUGGAAGCAAAUGAUUGGGUUUUUGCCUGCACAGCAAAUGAAAUACGUGGACCUUCUAGAAUUUGUAACUAUGGAGUAAAUCUCUCAAACCAAACUCGAUUUAUGCCAUCCACCACUUUGAAGCGCAAAAUUGUGUAUCUCCAUCUGAGAGAAAUUAAAAAAUUGGGUUUUUCACAUGUAAUACUACGUGUAUUACCCACCAGAGAAAUGGUCCAGAUAAAUGUUGAUAUCCAUUCUUCAGCUCGGAAAGUGAAUAUUCCUCUUCCCCUUAUGUUACGUGUUAUGAAACACCAGCCAAUAAUAGAAAGUACAGAUGAUGGAGCCUUACAUUAUUCAUUAGCACUUCCAUCUUUUGAACAUAUUUGGCAAGCUUAUUAUCUACACAUAUCGCCAUAUUCUUGUCGACUUGCCACUCAUCAUGCAAUAGGUAUAAUGCACGUCCCUUGGAGUCAGGAAGAUUUGUAUGUGAAGAUCAACGAAUUGGUGGAGAAACCAAUGCAGUUAAGGUUGCAGACAGCAAGACCUCUUAAUAAUAAAGGUGAUGGCCCUGUUGUAGUAAAUCUUAUUUUGGAUCCAACUUGCCGAUAUUCUAUCAGUAUUCAAAGUGCUUUGCUGGACAGUCUUGGCCAAAUAGUACGGUUUUAUGGGCCAAUGAUAUUGCCAUAUGUAGCUGCAGUAUUGCUUCUUACAUUGCGUUCUCAAAUGCUGAGUCUUGCUGAAACAAGAAGUUGUACAAUGUUUCAUUCAGCAUUGGCAUCUGGUGCUAAACCAUAUUAUAUUUUACCCAUUGUUAAAAUGGCAUCUCGUGUUCUUAGUGUAGGGUUUCUGUUAAAGUUAAUACAAAGUGGAAUAAAACAAUUUGAUCCAGUGACUCUAGUGGAAAACAAUUUGGACUUCAUCCUGUUACCUUUUGUUUUAUACAUGGUGGCUUUUGCUACGGCUUAUAUAAUUGGUUUAGCAUGCUGGUUAGCUGUAAUUUUCAAUGGAACUGCUGCCAAUAAAAUUGCUCUCAGGUUUCUUGCAAGAACUAUUACUGGUACCAUUAUGUGGUCAGAAUGGAUGUUGGCUGGAUUAGCAAAAUUACCAAUAACAGCAGCUGGUUUUCUUAUUGCUCUCAGUUAUAGCACAUGUGGUGCCCUGAGCUUGUGUGUGGGAGGAGCAUUUUACUUCUUAAAGUUGUGUAAAAUGUAUGAGGAGUAUUUAGAAGAACUUUUCAAAUUCUCCAUAUACUUACUGUCAAGAUUCAAGAAAGGAGGAAAGAGCAAAAGGAAAGAGAAGGAAGAAGAGCCUGAAAAUAAAGAGAACGAACUCAACAGAAUACCAGAAACUGUAAAUGCUAAUGAUAGUGAAGAUGAGAAAGAUAAAAUAGAUUCUGUGGACGAGAAUGAGGAAAAAAAUGAAGAAAGAAAAGAAGAGAAAAAUAGUAAUGGUUCAAAAAAAGCUGAAGAACAAGAGAGAGAAAGCAGUUCAAAAACAGAAGAAGAAAAUCGAGAAGUCGUCAAAAAGGAGACAUCUGAAAACAAAGAUGAUAAAGAUACAAAAGAGAACAAAAAUGCUGAAGAAAAGAGUGAUCAAACAAAUAGUUCAGCAUCAUAUUCACUAUCAGAAUUACAUUUUAACUUUACAUUGUUGUUGUUAUGGGUCACUGUGACUGUUGUCAACAUUCCUGCUGUUUUAGUCUGGGCGCAUAAUUAUGGAUACAGUACAAAAUUACAACCAGAUCCAUCAUUUGAAACUGGAGUUGUGUUAUGUUUUUGUGUUGGAGUACUUUGGCAAAAGAAAGCUCCCAAUCCUCACUUGAAACACUAUCCAGUUGUGGGACACAUGUUGUAUCUACUUGCUGUGCUCAUUUUGAUCUUCAGCACAUUAUCUUUGCAUCAUCUAAGCCCAUUAUUGAUGAUGGCAUUUGUGAUUGUGACAGUACAUCAGAUGAUUGCUGAGUCUUUACCAAUUGAAGAAUCAGAGAUACCCAGUAUUGACACAGAGAUCCUUGAUGAAAAGGCUGGCACUAAUUUACCUUUUCCAUCCAGUGAGAAGCCUAAACAAGCAUAAAGGAAUUUCAUUACAGGAUUAUGAAUGUAUAGCUUUAUAUUUAUGCUGCUUGCAAGAUAUUUGAAUAAAAACCUUUUCCAUGACGAAGAAAGUAAUAUAUUUUUAACAAUGAAUAUUGAUGAAAAUGUGGUUGUUUAAAAAGAAGAAUAGUUACCAGAUACUUUUUUUUAUAGAACAGAACACUGAGUUUAUAUGAACAAUUCUACAAAUGUAAUUCCACUGGGAAUUAAUACAUUCAGUGGGUCUGUAUGAGUUUAUAAAGGGUAAAAGAGACCAUAAGCACCAUAGGACAAAAGACUUUCGUAACAUUUUUGAAGAUAUCAGUACACAGUUGUAUAUUUUUUGUCAAAAAAAUGAGGCGAAUUGUGUUCAUAGCUAUAUUUAUUGUAGUGUAACAGAAAUGUGCUAGAUUCCUUGUUAUAAACAAUAAUUCAAGGAGGGAAGAACAAAAUAGUUCCUAGGUUUGUUUAAUUUGUGUUACCUAAAACACAUUAUUUCUAGGCUCCAAGAUUCUAACCUACUAGAGUAUUAGGGCAUACUUCUGGGUGUGCCUUUGACAAGUGUGAAGUGUAAAUGUGUAGAGUACUACUUAUUUGAUAAAACAAAAUGCAGUGACAAGGUUGUACAAUUAUUUAUUUGAUCUAGUCUUCUAAUUGUACUAUUUAAUUAUACUUUUCCAAAGUAAUCUUUUAAUUCUUUUGUAUGUUUGCCGUCAUUCUUUCUCUGUACUAGGUAUUUGUAAUUGUGUAAAUAUUUCGUUCAGCUUUUUAAUAUUUAACACAUUAUGUUUUUUCAACAAAAAAAUUGGUGUUCACGUAAAAAAUUUAUAUGUACCAGUAUAUAAUAAUUGAUGCAUAAAAGGUUUUAUUUUAGUUCUUACAAGUAAAUUCUCAAAAUUCAUGAAAUAUUUAUUAAAUGAUUUUGAUUGAGUACUUACGGCAAGGUAAAAACUGAUGAAUGUAAUUGUAUAUUACAUUUACAAUCAUUUUGUAUCGCUUUUUAUAUUUAAUGUUCAAUAAUACUUAUAAGAAAUGGUAUGAGCCUGUAAAUCACUUUAUGUGAAGUUCAUAAUUUGUACCUGUUUGUAUUGUUAAUACAAUCUAAUCUGGAAUUCUUUAAAUUAUAUAUUUGAGCUUCCAUGUUAUCACUGGCAAAAAGAUGUAAUGACAUCCUUUAAAUGGAAAGUAAAGGAAAGUGGAGUUAAUGAGGAAACCACUGAAGAACAAUUAAUGACUAUAACUUUGUUACAGUUUUUUAAGUAUGUUGACAGAUAUCUUUUUAUAUUACAAUGAAGUAAUGCAUAAUAUUAUGGAAAAUAAAAGUUUACCUUGUUCUGCUUGAACAAAACUGAAUUUAAA